AUGUCAAACGUUGGCAACAAACAAAAAUUAAUUGAACAACUACGUGCUGAAGCUAAUUUUGAUCGUAUGAAAGUAUCUGUUGCAUGUAAAGAUUUAAUUAAAUAUUGUCAAGAUCACGAAAGUGGUGAUGUCUUAGUUGUUGGUUGGGAUAAAUUUCACAUAGAUAAUCCAUUUAAAGAAAAACAAUUAUGUGUUAUGUUAUGA